GGGCCUCUGGAAGGGGCGGGUUUUUUGGAUCUGGAAGCCCGGAGCCGCCCAGGAAUUUUGGCAUGGAUUUGGAGCAUUUCCUCCCUCCAGGCCCGCCCGGCCGGCGACGCGAUCCGGGGAAGGGAGGGAAAGGGCGGCCGCGGACCGGGGACGGACGGACGGACAGACCGCACCAUGCGGCCGCUGCUCUGCGCCCUGGCUGGGCUCGCCUUGCUCCGCGCCGGCGAGGUCGUGGCCGCUCCUGAACCCCUCAGCCCCUCCCCAGGAGACCCAGCUUGGAACUCUGGCUGUGACAAGCACAUGGCUGUCCAAGGCCGUUUAGACGUCAUGGAAGAGACCAUACAGAAGACAGUGGAGCACUUGGAGGCGGAAGUCCAUGGCCUGCUCGAUCUGCUGAAGGAACUGGCCUGGAACCUGCCCCCGGGGCCCUUCAGCCCAGCCCCUGAUCUCCUGGGAGAUGAUCAUUUCUGAGCACCAGAGGAGGAGUCCAGCAGCUGGAGGAAAUGCACCUGCAGACCACACCCAUCUGGGAGCCAGGCCACCUCUUCUCACCUUCCUUCUGGCGUCUUUUGAGAAGUAAAAGCUACUACUU